AACGAACAAUUUCACACCAACGUCUUCCACUUUGUCUCCAUUUCUGACCUUUAAUAAAGGUGCAUUUGAUUUAAUUAAUCGGGGAAGGUUUAAAAUUAAGGUCCUAAUUGAAUGGCCCUGAUCGAAUCGGCAGAGCCUAGGUAUAGUAGGUUCACAAAAGAAAAAUAUGUAGUUAAGACUUUAGAGGUCUCUUAUUUGGAUAUCAUUCGGACAAGUUAGUUAGACAUUUAUAAUGAAAGAAAAACUUCAAGUUCCCACGCCUCCCAAUUCGCUAUAUAAGCUUACCAAAUUCACAAUAGUUUCACACAAAAAAACAUCGGUUGCCAAUUCCAAUUCUCUACCAUGGCAGCUGAUCAUACCAAACUCUUGUACGUGUGGCUUUCCUUUAGUAUCUCAUUUAUCUUUACCAAGCUAGUACAAGCUGACAAUUAUAUUGUCCACAUGGACAUAUCAGCCAUGCCAAAAGCCUUCUCCGGCCAGCAAGGCUGGUACUCGGCCACCCUUGCAUCUUUAUCAACCAACUUGAAAGCUAACACCAAUGCAACAAUCCCCUCUUCUAGACUUAUCUAUAGUUAUAACCAUGUUAUUCAAGGUUUUAGUGCAAGUCUCACACCGGCAGAGCUUGAGGCCUUGAAAAACGCUCCAGGGUAUGUUUCUUCCGUCAGAGACAGAACUGUCAAGGUUGAUACCACUUAUUCUUUCAAAUUUCUUGGCCUGAAUUCGGACACAGGUGCGUGGCCGGUGUCAAAUUUUGGCAAAGAUGUUAUUAUCGGCUUGAUUGAUUCAGGGGUUUGGCCAGAAAGCGAAAGCUUUAAUGAUAAAGGAAUGAGUGAUGUUCCAUCAAAAUGGAAAGGAGAAUGCGAAAAUGGAACCCAAUUCAACUCCUCAAUGUGCAACAAAAAGCUCAUUGGUGCGCGGUAUUUCAAUAAAGGUCUGAUUGCCCACGAUCCCAAUAUCACCAUCUCAAUUAAUUCUCCACGCGACACAGACGGUCACGGGACCCACACUUCAACAACUGCUGCUGGAACUUAUGUGCAAGAUGCAUCAUACUUUGGCUAUGCCAAGGGAACUGCCAGAGGAAUGGCCCCAGCGGCUCGGGUCGCCAUGUACAAAGCCCUGUGGGACGAAGGAGCUUACUUGACAGAUAUAAUUGCUGCAAUUGAUCAAGCAAUUACUGACGGGGUUGAUGUUCUUUCCAUGUCAUUGGGCUUGGAUGAGCUUGAAUUGUAUGAAGACCCUAUUGCAAUAGCCACAUUUGCUGCGAUAGAGAAGAAUAUUUUUGUUUCUACAUCAGCAGGGAAUGCAGGACCAGAAUUAAAGACCCUACACAAUGGAACCCCUUGGGUUUUAACUGUCGCUGCUGGUACCAUGGAUCGAGACUUAGGCGCAACUUUAAGUCUCGGAAGCAAAGUUUUGGUCAAUGGUUUGGCUCUCUAUCCAGGGAAUUUCUCGUCAAGCCAAUUCCCAAUUGUUUUCAUGGACGCAUGUGACAAAACGAGUGAAUUGAGGAAACUUGUGCAAAAGAUUAUAGUGUGCCAAGAUCCAGGCAAGGAAGAUUCCCUCAAUGACCAAUUUAACAACAUUCAAGUUGCAGGAAAUGUUGCUGGUGUCUUCAUAACGAAUAACAGUAAUGUGGAUAUAUUCACCCAGAGCCCUUUUCCAGCCAUCUUCUUGGAACAAAAAGAUGGUGAUACGGUCGUGAACUACAUUAAGAGCAACACAGACCCAAAAGCCAGCAUUGAAUUUAAAAUGACAUUCCAGGGUACUAAACCUUCACCGACUGUAACUAGCUAUACCUCUAGAGGGCCAUCCUACAGUUGUCCAUCGGUUUUGAAGCCUGACAUUAUGGCCCCUGGUGACUCAGUCCUAGCUGCAUGGCCUUCAAACAUAGCAGUGGCCCGUGUAAAUGAGGACUCUUUGUUUAGCAACUUCAAUUUACUAUCGGGAACAUCCAUGGCAUGCCCCCAUGCGUCAGGAGUAGCAGCACUGUUAAAAGCGGCACAUCCUGGUUGGAGCCCAGCAGCCAUCAGAUCUGCCUUGAUGACUACAUCUGAUCCCAUUGAUAACACGGGCAGUCCUAUCAAGGAUAUAGGCAGCAAUCUCCGACCUGCCACUCCGCUAGCCAUGGGAUCUGGCCAUAUCAAUCCCAACAAAGCGCUAGACCCCGGACUGGUAUACGAUGCUACCGUUGAAGAUUACGUUAAUCUUCUUUGCGGGCUAAACUUUACAGCACAACAAAUUAAAACCAUCACAAAAUCAUCUUCAAAUAACUGUUCCAACCCGUCUCUGGAUCUGAAUUACCCUUCUUUUAUUGCGUAUUUUAAUGACAGGAAUGCACAAUCAAAUUCGAAAACUGUGAAGGAAUUUCAAAGAACGGUGACUAAUGUUGUAGAAGGAAGCUCCGCCUACAAAGCAACAGUUACACCAAUCAAGGGAGUUAAGGUAACUGUCGAACCAGCGACGUUGGUCUUUAAUGCAAAAAACGAGAAGAAAAACUUCAAGUUGAGUAUAGAAGGUCCAAGACAGCUUGAUGAGGCAGUGUCUUUCGGUUUUCUCACUUGGGAAGAUAGCGGACGAAAACAUGUUGUCAGAAGUCCCAUAGUCGCCACAAGCUACAGCACGGAAAAAUGACCAAACUUGAUUUCUAAACAUUUAAUCUUCAAGUUUCUAUGUUAAAUAAAGAAUUUACAAUGUUGUUAAGUAAUGCACAUGGUAUCCUGUGAAUUGUGAUUAAACUAUCCAGUUUCAGGUUUCCAGGCUGCAGCUGUGGGAUUUUUAAGGUUUUUGUACGGUUCCAUUUCUGUAACUUUCACUGUCAAAACAUAUUUAAUUAAAGAAAUUGAAACAAAUUUUUAGACUCUAGCUUUAAUUAUUGGUAUGUUCUAAGUAAAUGAGGAAAAAACCCCUGCAG